AUGUUUCGCAACCUUGUUAGAAGUAGCAACAAAUUAGCACUUGCUAACACCAAGCGCCAUGCAGCCCAUAGACUCUAUUCCACUGCUCCUCCCAGCAAAUCCAACAAGCCCAGUAUUCCUGCCAUGUUGGCAGUUGCUUCCAUGGGUUUCGCCGCAUACUAUCAAAUCGUCCAGUCAAGAGAAGGAAAGACUAUGCCUAGAAGAAAAGAAUUCACCACACCUCAAGAAGAGGAAGCUUUGAGACAAAAGAGAUUGGCUGAAGUCAAGGCCAGAAGAGAUGCUCAAAAUCUGAAGCCUAUUCCAGCCUUUUCACCUGAAGAGGUUACUGUUGUCUUUGUGUUGGGUGGCCCUGGUGCAGGAAAAGGAACUCAAUGUGAAAAUCUGACCAAGGAUUACGGUUUUGUUCAUUUAUCAGCUGGUGAUCUCUUGCGUGCUGAGCAAAAGCGUGAAGGUUCCAAGUAUGGCGAACUGAUCAACAACUACAUUAAAGACGGUUUGAUUGUUCCCAUGGAAGUGACCAUUGCCCUCUUGGAGCAAGCUAUGAAGGAAGCUAUGAAGGAAGGCAAAGGAAGCAGAUUUUUGAUUGAUGGUUUCCCUCGCAAAAUGGAUCAAGCUAUCAAAUUUGAAGAAGUGGUUGUGCCAUCCAAGUUGGUUCUCUUCUUUGAAUGUCCUGAAGAAGUCAUGCUCAAGAGAUUGCUAAAGCGAGGUGAGAACUCUGGAAGAGUAGACGAUAAUAUUGAGUCCAUUCGAAAGAGAUUUGUGGUCUUUACCGAGACUAGCAUGCCUGUGGUUGAGGCUUAUGAAAAGCAGGACAAGGUCAAGAAGAUCUCAUGCGACCAGCCCGUUGAGCAAGUAUAUCAGCAUGUCAAAACUAUUUUUGACGACAUGUUUGCUGAAAAGAAAUAA